CCCAAAAUUCACCCACCUUUCUUCUCCUCAUCACUACCAUCAUAUCCCAAAUAAGAACUAUGUAUUAAUUUUAAACAAAGAGAGCUUAGCUAUCUCGCAACCAACCUACGAUAAUGGCGUUUCCCUACACUUCUUCGACUGCCAACUCCAUUUCUAGCGCCACCUCCCUAUCCCAACAUCCGUACCAUCACUCCCUCCCCACAUCACCGCCCACCAACCGCGUCGUCAAGUGUUCUGCUGUUCGCCGCUUGAUAUGGGUCCUGGUUUCUAUGUUGAUCAUAUUCACCUCUAUCAUCUCAAUAGCAUGGCUUAUCCUCAAACCCAAAACUCCCCUUUUCAAAGUAGACUCCCUCAACGUCUCCAACUUUGCUGUCUCUGAAUCACAGAUAAGGGGAAGGUUCGCCAUCGUAAUCCUCAUGACUAAUCCCAACAAGAAAAUUAACUUGUACUUUGACAAUUUCGAUGCAUCUGUGUCUUACCGGAGAACCCGUCUUUCUAAGACUUCGAUGACACCUCUCUCUUUGGAGAAGAUGGAACGAACAAGCUUGACUGCCGAUCUAAAACCCGAUUCACAUCGCUGUCUGAAGAGAAAGGAGUUUAAGGACUUGGGCGGGAAGUUAAGGCGUGGGUGGGUUGACUUUGACGUGAACAUGCUGGUUAUAACAACGUUUAGAGCUGGAAAUUGGCUUCGCAUGGAAAGAUCAAUGGCUGUUCAUUGCAAGAACCUCAAGGUUAUCUUCUCAUCUUCUUCUAAAUCAACUGGAAUGCUCGAAAAUCAAAUCACAGAAAAUUGCGUGGUUGUUUAUUCCUAAGACUAGCUUUGAAGUGUUUGGAUGAUGAGAUGAGUUGAGAUUGUAAUUUGUAAAUAAUAAUGAGAUUAUUAGUUGAAAUUAGAUGUGA